UGAAGAGCAGCUGGAGAGCAGUCCUCCAGCCUGUCUGUGCUAAGCAGAGGACAGCCAGGAACCUUCCAGGCUUUAGCCUAGAACCACCCCCAAGGCCUGGAGGCACACUGGCACUAGAACUGAUUUUCCAGGCAAAAUGAACAUUCAGGAGUAUUUUGGAAGAAUAUCUUACAACAAGCCCCAUAAGGAUGCAGACUUGCAAACCCUGACAGCCAUCCUCCAGCAUCACAUCCAGACCAUUCCUUUUGAGAACCUCAGCAUGCACUGCGGGGAGCCCAUCGAACUGGAUUUGCAGGCUACUUACAAUAAGAUUGUGAGAAAGAAACGUGGUGGAUGGUGCCUGGAAACCAACCACCUCCUCUUCUGGGCCAUGCAAGAGUUAGGGUAUGACGUCUGUAUUCUUGGUGCAAACAGCUAUGAACCAGCAGAGAACGGAUACACUGCUCAGCUAAACCAUGUCCUGCUGAAGGUGGUGAUCAAGGGACAGUCCUACAUAGUAGAUGCUGGGUUUGCUGGAGCCUACCAGAUGUGGCAGCCGCUGAUGCUGAUUUCUGGGAAGGACCAGCCCCAGGCUCCUGGCAUUUUCCGCUUCACGGAAGACAACGGCACCUGGUACUUAGAGAAAGUGAAAAGGAAGCAUUAUAUUCCUGAGCACUGCAAGAAUGACUUCCCUCAUACUCCAGAACUGGGGAAUAUCCGAAAAAUACAUAAAUUUACUCUUGAGCCACGGCAUAUAGAUGACUUCCAGGAGAUAAAUACAUACCUCCAAGUGUCUCCAGAUACCAUCCUUUGGAAGAAGUCAAUAUGCACUCUCCAAACCACCAAGGGGGUCCUUGCCUUAGUUGGAUGGACCCUCACUGACAUGAAGUACAACUACAUGGAGAACAUGGAUCUGGUGAACAUCACAACCCUUACAGAUGAAGAGGUUGAGAAGACACUGAAAGAUAAAUUCAAUAUAGUACUGGAGAACAAACUUGUACCAGUAAAUGUUCGUGGCUUGCCACCUAAUUUAGUGGAUAAGAUCUAAGUGUAACACUGUGCUAGAUGGAUCUUUAAAUAGCCAAGAGGAAAAUUCUAAAAUUAACAUUAAUUACAAUAAUCUAAUUUUUAACUCGAGGUAGUCACAAAGCUUGGUAAAUUCCAGUAUACUGCUAAUUAACUGCAGAUAUCAAUUGCAUAUUUUUUAUUAAACCUCUCCUUUAGAAACCAAGACAUCUUACUAGCUCUGUUUUGUUCAUAUGGAAGCUGUUUUUUGACUCCUUAACUUUUUGUUCACCUUCUCAAGAACUCAUUUUAUUGCAGAUAUAUUUUGAGGCAAAUGAGACGAAAAUUAUGCAAAAGGAGAGGUUGUGCUACCAUUUUACAGAAAAGACAUCUAACUUUUUUCUGGUAUUAUUUCCAAGCUUCUCAGUGACUUUUACAAAUUAUUCACUUCCCUUAACAGUCCUAAAGUUGAGCUGAAUUAGGCUUUUAAAUACUGUAGAAAACAAGAAAGGUUAAGACUUUUUCAAAACAAGCCACCAUUAGGUGCUGAUUAGCUUAUGAAAAAUUGAAAGACUUAAGUCCUGUUCCCUUUUCAGAAAUUGACUUAAAGUAAGAUAUUUAUCCAAGGGUACCUAAACCUCCACAAAAUCUGUCUAAUUUUGAGUACCCACUUUUUCUGAGUCUGAUUUAUCUGUGUCUCUGAAUUCAAAAUAAAAUUGGUAGAAGAUGAGAUGAUUCAACAGUUCUUUUUGUACCAAAACUGGAAAAAAAGUUCAAUCUUUGAAAAAAGAUCAAUCUUUGCAAAGUAUAAUUUAAACUUUCGGGACCAU